AUGAAGGUGCCAUUUGCUACAUUAAACCAAAAGAAACAUUUGCGGCAUAUUGUGCUUUAUUGCUUUAAAAAAGGUGAUAGUGCAAAUAAUAUUGCAGACGAGAUUUGUACUAUUUACGAGAGUGGUGCUACAACUAUUACGAUUAUUCGUAAUUGGUUUAAAAGAUUUAGAACUGACAAUUUUGACUUGAAAGAUGAAGAUCGCAGCGGCCACCCAGCAAUGAUGAAUAUAGACUUCAUUAAGGCCAUAUUCGCUGAAAAUCCGCGAUAUAAUGUGCAAAAAAUAGUGGAUGCUAUUAAUAUUUCUAGAAAAACAAUAGAUAAUCAUAAUCAGCUGACUAAAAUGGGAUAUAUCAAUCAAUGUGAAAUUUAG